ACUGUCGGGUACGUGAAACGUUGCGGAUUUUCCGUGUUACGGUGCUUCCAUCCAAGAUGUCGGAUCGAGAAACAACAAGAAGCUUCCAAGCACUGGACAGCUCAUUUAUUGAAGAGUUUCUGUGUUACGACUGUGGAACAAAAUACAGGACGAAAAGUGGUUUACGUAAACACCGAGUACUAAAACACUCAGAUAACCAGACUUAUAAAUGUUGUGGUAAGUCCUAUGUUGAGCGAUCGUCUCUUGAAGCCCACCAGAGAGCACAGCAUGAUAAGAAGAAACUUGAAUGUGGAAAAUGCAAUGAAACCUUUACUAGGAAAAUAGCGCUAAACAGACAUAAUUUAUGAUAAGCCAUGGAAACACUGAAAAGAAAGAAUUUACAUGCACCAUAUGUAAACGAGACUUUUUAAGGAGAGAUGAACUUGUAGACCACAUUAAAGGUGUGCAUGAAAAGGCAAAAAGGUUCAGUUGCACUAUUUGUUCAAAGAAAUAUGUCUGGAGAGCGAGUCUAUGUAGACAUCUUUCAAAGAGUCAUAAGUAAAUCUUCACGUGGAGAUAUAAGUUCAUACUGUAUCAAAAUGUUUUCCGUACUUUUAAAUUUUUAUAGUUUCCGUUUUUAAUAAGUUCAUGACAAGAUAACAUUUUGAUCCAUUUUCUCGUGAUUUCAGCUUAUGAAACAAACAGCUAUCCUACUCAAAUUCAAGCGUCGGUUGUCGGCCUUUGUCCAACACUUUUGGUUAAAGUUGUUCGUUACACCUCACUUACUUCCUAAAUCGUUUGAGGUAUUGCUUUGAAACUAAAGAUACUUGUAAAUGACCAUCAAAUCCACUUCUAGACAAGAUGACAUAACUUAGUCAUAUUAUGGUCAAGAAUUUUGACAAAAUUACGCCCCUUUUUCGUACCAUCUUACUUAUUUCGUUUGGGUACCGGGAACUUAACAUACUUGUAAGUCUCCAUUAUUUCAACUUUCAGUCAAGACGAUAUAAUUUUGUCAUGGAUUUUGACAAAAUUAUGCCCUCUUUUCAACUAAGAAUUUUGGUUAAGUUUUCCGUACCCCCUCACUUAUUUCCUUAAGGUAUUGUUUUGAAACUUUAUAUACUUAUUAUUGACUAACAUCCUCACUUUCAGGCAAGUACUUACAGUAGUCGAGCGCGUUUUCUUACGAAUAGCUCUAGUUUUCAAUAAAGAAUAAUCUAUUUUAAUAAAACCUGCUAUUUUAACGAGCUUCUCUCCAAUAAAUAUUUGACAGAACUAAAUUUAAUGUAAACUGUUUUAAACGUGAUCAAAUUAAGUGGUCAAAAACGGUACGUUUUGUUCUAGUCGGUUUCACACACCACUGUUUCUUAAUUAACCUUCGACUGUUUUAAACAUUGCACAUACUUUUUUGUUAGUAAGGACUCGUUUAUAUAUUUUGUAAGUGUUAGAAUUAAGGAAAGCUGUUUGUACUUUUGAACAGUCAUACAUUCCGAUAGUAGUAAGGUCCAAGCAGUGUGUAAGGAAGUUCUGAAAUACAUGUACUUAUACUCCUUUUGAUAACUAUUGAUACUGUUGCUUUGAUAUUGUUGAUGUUGUUGUUUUACUAUCAUUUACAUGUUCUGUGAUUCCUACUGUGAAAAUUUUAUAGUGAUUUCCUUUUAUUUUACAAAUGAUCUCAAAUGAUUGUAUAAUAUUAAAAUUAAUAAACAAUUGUUUUCACAUAUCAUUUAUUUAUCAUUUUUGAUCAUGGUGUACAUGCAUGCCAUGAAGACAUAAUUUAUCUGAAAUAUUAACAAGAAAUAUUCAUUUAAUAAUAUUUUCAACAGUUUCUGUUACUGUC